AAAAAAAAAAAAAAACACUAUGAUUGCUUAUAACAGUGAUGACUCUGAGGGCACCAGUUUUAUAGUGCAAACUAAUUAACAGUACAGGGAUGACCAGAGACUGCGGACACAGUACAGGGAUGACCAGAGACUGCGGACACAGUACAGGGAUGACCAGAGACUGCGGACACAGUACAGGGAUGACCAGAGACUGCGGACACAGUACAGGGAUGACCAGAGACUGCGGACACAGUACAAGGAUGACCAGAGACUGCGGACACAGUACAGGGAUGACCAGAGACUGC